AUGCUUCAGUUUCAUCAAUCUUCCCCAUCUGGCCGUUUGAACUGGUUCACUUUGCCUGGGGCUGUGCAGGCCCUUUGCCUUCUUGAGCGACGGAUCCUUCGAUUGGCUGAUUGUCAUCAACACAAUGGCAGUCAUUCGACUGGGUCUCAUUGUUGCAGAAUCGUCUCCUUGCCAAGUGCCAUCGCUCGGCUCCGGGGCCGAGCCUCUUGUGAACAGGUUCGUUUUUGA